AAUAUUAAAACAAAAAUGGAAAAUGGGAACAGAGUAUCCAAGCGCCUGGCUUUAUAUAUACAGCCAGAGAGAUGCUAUGGGUCUUUGUCUUUGAGCUCCCACGCCCACGAUUCCAUGGCAAGAAUCUAUCCAUUCUUCGUCUUUCUCUCUUUCUUGAUCUCCUCCGCCAUGGCUGUCGCUAUGCCCGAAGUGGAACACUCCUUUGCAAGAACGGUGGACAGAGAACUUAUGGGCUUCCGAAAAGAGAAGCUGAGCCACUUCCGUUUCUACUGGCACGACGUUAUGAGUGGCAAAAACCCAACCUCGAUCCAAGUGGUGCCCCCUGUUUCGAACAUGUCGAGCACAUUUUUCGGGACUGUCCAAAUGAUCGACAACCCAUUAACAGCAACUCCAGAUCCGAAGUCGAAGCUAUGGGGAAGAGCUCAGGGAUUGUACGCAUCGACUUCGCAGGAGGAGCUUGUGCUGUUAAUGGCGAUGAAUUUGGAGUUUACGAGCGGGAAAUAUAAGGGGAGCUCCAUCACUAUAUUUGGAAGAAACCAAGUUAUGGCAAAAGUUAGGGAGAUGCCUGUGAUCGGUGGAAGUGGGCUGUUCAGAUUCGCGAGAGGGUAUGCGGAAGCCAGAACCAGCAAGGUAGAUUUCAAGACCGGGGAUGCUGUUGUUGAAUAUAACAUUUACGUACUUCAUUAUUGACCCCAUUUAUUUUUUUGUCUGUGUUUGCGUUUUGUUUCCUUAAUUUAGUUGUUUGGAACAGAACAGAGUAUGUUUUUGGUUUCAAUAAUUUAAAAGUCUGUUUGUGUUAGUGGGUUUGGUGGGUGAAAGUGGAAGGCCGGGAGUGGGUUUCCUAUUGUGUCAUUUCAACCUCCAUUAACUUUUCUUCAUAUUCUACAAACUAUAUGAAUUGCGAA